UUUAUCAAUGGCUGCCAGAACUUCUUCCUUGUCUACCACUAUCUUUGCUAGUUCCUCGGAUUGGCCUCCUAAGAAGCUUGGUUCAGGUGCAGGAAUUUUGGGAUUGUAGGGAUUUAUGGGUAACUUUUUAGACUGGAAUGCUGGGAUCAUUUUCAUGGUUGUCAUGAGGUAGCCAACUCCUGGAGGGCAACUUCCUGGACAUUUAUGGGGUGGAUUCUGCAAAAGGUUGGCUUUGGGAUGGAGCGUUGUGGUUCAGUGAGGUAUAAUACUGCUGGGUCCAUGCUGAGAGUGGUGUUGCAUUCUGGGAGAGGGCUGUGCCAGAGGAUCGGGGUCAGGAGCCCCUGAACUCAGAAGUACUUUGCCGACGCUUCCAGCAGUUCUGCUACCAUGACACUGACGGGCCCUGAGAGGUUUGCAGCCGGCUCCAUAGACUUUGCAACCGCUGGCUGAAGCCGGAGAGAAACUCAAAGAAGCCGAUCCUGGACUUGGUGAUCCUGGAGCCGUUCCUGACCAUCCUACCCCACCAAAUGCAGCGCUGGGUCAGAGGAUGCGGGCCAGAGAGCAGCUCCCAAGCGGUGGCCCUGACCAAGGGUUUCCUCCUGAGUCAGGCCGAGGAGAAGAGGCAGGCAGAACAGAGGUGGGGUCCAUCCGAGAAGAUGGAAGCUAAGUUGGAAAGAGCUCCGCUGGAGGAAGGGCAGCCGGGCCAGACCCAGGAAUGUGCCCCAGAUGCCCUCUCACCUGGCAGUGAAGAGACACUCUUGAUCCGCCCCCUUUGCAGAGACAUGGAAACAGCUGCAGCUCUUCCCGUCCAGCCUCUGAUUUCCUUUGGGGAGGUGGCCGUGUAUUUCACCGAGGCAGAGUGGGCGUUGCUGGAUCCACACCAAAGAGCUCUUUACGAGGACGUCAUGCUGGAGAACUACUGGAGCGUGGCCUCUCUGGCACACGCAGGGGAGAUGGUUGGGGGGCUCCAGGGGUUCUCUGUGGAAGAAGGCAAGGAUGAAGAUUCCAAGGAUGGAGACGGACCACAGAGUCAAGAGGGAAGUCAUGCAGACAAGAGAAAGGAUACGCCCAUUCUGUCCAGUGGGGGAGGCUUCAGUGAAAUCCCAGUCCAAGAAGUAAGGUCAACCAAAGCCAGAAGAAAUGAAAGCUUUCGCGCUGACCAGAGAAUCAACUCCAGGAAAAACAGCAAUAAAAGUGUUCCGUUUGAGAUACAUUUGCCCACAGCAAAGAAGAGCCAUAAAUGCUUAGAUUGUGGAAAGAGGUUCCUUUGCAGAGCAGAGCUGCUCAGACAUCAUAGAACACGUAAUCAAGAGACAACUGACAGCUGCUGUGAUUGUAGCAAGAGCUUCUCACAAAGGUCAGACCUUUUUCAGCACCCAGGGACACAUUCAGGAGAAAAGCCAUUAAUCUGUGUAGAGACACAAAUGAUCUUCUCUGGGAGAAGAAAGGGUAAUAAUGUACACAUUCCAAAGCAUGGUACAAUAAGGGCACAUAAAUUCUUUAGGUGCAGAAAGUUCUUCAGCUACAGAUCACAGCUCCUUGAGCACCAAAGAAGACACACAGCAGACAAAACUUUUGAAUGCACAGAAUGUGGAAAGAGAUUCAGUCGGAGACACGCUCUUCAACAGCAUCAAAGAAUUCACACAAAAGAGAGGCCUUUUGAAUGCUCUGAGUGUGGAAAGAGAUUCAUUGAGAGUGGCAGUCUUCAAAAGCAUCAAAGAAUUCACACAAAUGAGAGGCCUUUUAAAUGCUCAGAGUGUGGAAAGAGAUUCAGUCGGAGAGACACUCUUAAACAGCAUCAAAGAACUCACACAAAGGAAAGGCCUUUUGAAUGCUCAGAGUGUGGAAGGAGAUUCAGACAGAGUGGCAGUCUUCAUCAGCAUCAAAUAACUCACACAAAGGAGAGACCUUUUGAAUGCACAGAAUGUGGAAAGAGAUUCAGUCAGAGUGGCAGUCUUCAACGGCAUCAAAGAACUCACACAAAAGAGAGACCUUUUGAAUGCUCAGAAUGUGGAAAGAGAUUCAGUGAGAGUGGCAGUCUUCAAAAGCAUCAAAGAAUUCACACAAAUGAGAGACCCUUUGAAUGCUCAGAGUGUGGAAAGAGAUUCAGUUGUAAUGGCAAUUUUCAUCAGCAUCAAAUAACUCACACAAAAGAAAGAUCUUUUGAAUGCUCAGAGUGUGGAAAGAGAUUCAAUUGUAGUGGCAGUCUUCAUCAGCAUCAAAGAACUCACACAAAAGAGAGGCCU